UUUGCCAAUUAUGUCUGCCAACUUUUGCAUUCUCAUCUUCUUCCUCUCAACUUCCAUUCCAUACAUAUUUGAUGCCGGCUUCGGAGGAGCCAUAGGAGCUGCUGCUGCAGCCGACAUUCGAUUCGCAAACGCGAGUGAUGGCCAAGUCCUAUUGGCGAUAAAGGACCUCAUUCCACAAGAUCCUCAAAACGUCUUUGGUUCAUGGAACCGGUCUGUCCAUUUCUGCAAUUGGUUUGGUGUUACCUGUGGACAACGCCAUCGUCGGGUGACAGCAUUAAGGUUGUUGUCUUUAGAAUUGUCGGGUUCACUUUCUCCUCAUAUAGGAAACCUUUCCUUUCUAAGGGUGAUUGAUCUUAGGAACAACAGCUUUCAGGGGACUAUUCCUCAAGAGAUUGGCAAGUUGUUUCGACUGAGAUCUCUUGUCCUUUCGAAUAAUUCUUUUGACGGCCAAAUCCCAAUGAAUCUAUCUCGUUGCGUCGAGAUGAACGACAUUGAUUUGUCGGGAAACAAUCUCACCGGACAGAUCCCUUCGAACCUAGGAUCUUUGUCUAAUCUAUGGAGUUUGGUCUUAAGUUCCAAUCAAUUGGUUGGAGAAAUGCCGGUUUCUUUAGGAAACCUUUCGAAACUUCAGAAUCUGACUCUGGACCGGAACUGUUUACAUGGAAACAUUCCUUCAGAGCUCGGGAAACUUUCAAAUUUAGGGUUGCUUCAAUUGGGUCACAAUAAUUUCUCUGGAGAAAUCCCUUCUAGUUUAUACAAUGCCUCCUCAAAGUUACACUUUUUCUCCGUGGUGAAUAAUUCUUUACACGGGAGUCUACCUAAAGAUCUAGGCCAAAUCAUGCCUAAUAUAGAGUGGUUUUCAGUUGGAAUGAAUCGAUUCAACGGCCCUAUUCCAUCCUCACUUGGAAAUGCUUCCUUUCUUUCAGUACUCAGCUUAUCUUUUAACGAGUUCACGGGUCCUUUACCAUUGAGCUUUGGAAAACUUCAACAGCUGAGUGUUCUCUAUAUUCCUGCAAAUCAACUUUACACUAGAAAGAUUGGAGAAUAUGAUGAGUUUGCUAGUUUCAUUGAUUCAUUAGCCAAUUGCUCCAAUCUGCAAGGGCUAGAUAUCUUCAAUAAUAAUCUAGGAGGGUCAUUGCCUAAAUCCAUUGGUAAUUUCUCUAGGAAAAUCACUCAAUUCUUGUUGGCUCGAAACCAAAUCUCUGGGAGUUUACCAUCCUCAAUUGGAAACCUUGUGAACUUAAGGACAAUCGCCUUGCAUAGAAACCAGAUGACGGGUUCUAUUCCAGAAUCAAUUGGGGAACUCUUUUCUCUACAACAGCUUUAUCUCCAUACCAACAGAUUUUCAGGGGAGAUUCCAUCGUCGAUUGGGAAUCUAACUAGCUUGAGCUUGAUCGGACUAGAAGAAAACAUGCUAGAGGGAAAGAUACCAACAUCAUUUGGAAACUGCUCAAGUUUGUCUGGACUUGACUUAUCGUAUAAUCAGCUAACGGGUUCGUUGCCUAAAGAGAUCUUUGGCCUUUCUUCACUGUCAUUUGCUUUGGCUUUUCAGUUCAACAUGCUGACAGGUGAAAUACCUGAGGAAUUGGGUAAAUUGGCUAAUCUUGAGAUGUUGUAUUUGUCGGGGAAUAAACUUUCUGGGAAAAUACCAUCAACAAUUGGUGGUUGUCAAGUGAUGGAAAAGCUCUACUUGAAUGGAAACCAAUUGGAAGGCACGAUUCCGUCUUCUUUAGCUCAGAUGAAAGGUCUAUUGGAACUGGAUCUAUCAAUGAAUAACCUUUCCGGCAUGAUUCCAGUGAUUCUGGCAGAUUUACCUAUUCAAUAUCUAAAUAUUUCCAAUAACAUGCUUGAAGGUGAAGUUCCAAGUGAAGGAGUGUUUAAGAACAUCAGUGCCUUCUCUGUUGAGAAUAACAACAAGCUUUGUGGAGGUAUCAAGGAAUUAAACUUGCCACAUUGUCCUGCAACAAUCUUGGAUAAGAAGAAGAAGGAUUUCAAUGUCAAAGUUAUUGUACCCGUUAUUAUCAUUUCAACGAUUCUUCUGUGUAUUGGAUUGAUGAUUGCAGUCUAUCGAUUUAGAAGAUCUCGACAACCACAAGAAUCUGCUGAUUCAUCUCUUGAAGAGAAAUACCCAAAACUCUCUUACGCCGAACUACUCCAGGCGACGAACAGUUUCUCAUCAACGAAUCUACUCGGUAAAGGAACACACGGGUCUGUUUACAAAGGGAUACUUACAUCCGGCGGCCAAGAGAAUGUAGUCGCCAUAAAAGUGUUUGAUCUUCAAGGGCAUGGAGCAAACAAGAGUUUUACGGCGGAAUGCAAAGCCCUGAGAGCGAUUCGCCAUCGGAACUUGUUGAAGAUCAUCACGUCGUGCUCGAGCAUAGAUUUCCAAGGCCGGGAUUUCAAGGCGUUGGUUUUCGAAUAUAUGUCGAAUGGAAGUUUGGAGAAAUGGAUCCAUUCAAAUCCAUCAGAUGAAUCCAGGUGGGUUUUGACGCUAACCCAGAGAUUGAACAUUGUCAUUGAUGUUGCAUCCGCCUUGGACUAUCUACACAUUCAUUCGGAGGCGGCGGUUGUGCAUUGCGAUCUGAAACCGGAUAACGUUCUUCUUGACGAUGAUCUGUGUGCCCAUUUAGGCGAUUUUGGAUUAGCAAAGCUUUUAGAUACUUCUUCCAAUGUUCGUCAUUCAAGUUCUAUUGCUGUUCGUGGCACUGUAGGAUAUGUUCCACCAGAGUAUGGUAUGGGUGCAGAGAUAUCUACCAUGGGUGAUAUCUAUAGUUUUGGAAUUCUAUUAUUGGAAAUAUUUACCAAUAAAAGGCCAACCGAUGUCACAUUUUCAAACGGUAUUAACCUCCAUAGUUACGUGAAAAAUUUCAUUCCAGAUCGAGUUAUGGAGGUCGUGGAUUCAAAUAUCAUGUUAGAGGAAGACGAGACAAUUCCUCGUGUUAGCACAGAGAAUGUGAAAGCUUGUCUAAAUUUAAUUCUUCGAGUCGGACUUUCUUGCUCAGUCGAUCAACCGAGCGACAGAAUGAGCAUUAUAAAUGUUAUUAAAGAACUUGAUGGGAUUCGAAAAUUAUAUUUGAGAGCGAAGAAACAACACGUUACUAGAAGACAAUAACUUGAUUCAGAGAUAGUCUUUUAGAGU